AUGUGCCAACUCUGCGUCCUGAACUCCAUCGCCAGAGGCGAACGCUGGCCCAAACCAUUAGAGCCGCACAUCUCAGACCUGAACCUCCUGGUCAGCACCGCACACACUGAACUCCUCACCUACCAAUCCUGCUCCACCUCCUCCUCCAUCACCAAAGAAAACAAACCAACCACCACCUCAAAAAUCACAAUCACCACAACCACCACGCCCAAAGAGGCAGCCAGACAAAAGCUGCUCACAACUCUGCGCGGCAUACAAACAUUGCUGGAGUUGCUGGCGGAAGAGAGGGAAAGUUGGUGGGAGGGAAAGGCUAAGGAGAGGAAGUUUUGGAGGGAGACGUAUCAGGGAGAUAAGAUUACGAGGAUUAAUGUUGUCAACAACAAGACGGGAGAAAUGAUUGAUGGGCUCAAGGCGAGAUUGGGAACUUUUUGUCGUUGGAGUUUGGGGUUCGAGGAUGGAGUUGAGGGGUUGAAUGAGGAUAGGGUCGCAAAGGUUGAGGGAGAUGUGAAGAUGGAGGGUUGA